UGUGUUACUGUAACAGAGUGAUCAUGCCUGAACCAGCGAAGUCCGCACCGAAGAAGGGAUCUAAGAAGGCCGUUGCUAAAACCGCCGGAAAGGGCGGCAAGAAGCGCAAGAGGUCCAGGAAGGAGAGCUAUGCUAUCUACGUCUACAAGGUCCUGAAGCAGGUUCAUCCUGACACCGGGAUUUCCUCUAAGGCCAUGGGCAUCAUGAACUCUUUCGUUAAUGAUAUUUUCGAGCGUAUCGCCGGUGAGUCCUCUCGUCUCGCUCACUACAACAAGCGCUCCACCAUCACAUCGAGAGAGAUCCAGACCGCCGUGCGUCUGCUGCUGCCCGGUGAACUCGCCAAGCACGCCGUGUCUGAGGGAACAAAGGCCGUCACCAAGUACACCAGCUCCAAAUAAAUCUCUUGAAGCUUUCAACACCCCAAAGGCUCUUUUAAGAGCCACCCAUUUUAUCAGUUAAAGAGCUGUCUAGUAUUUUAGUUUCACAUUAUCCGGCAGUAACUACAUUGAAACAAACUAAUUUUCAUUUUUUAUGUUGCUCCAAAUUGCCUUGAUCACCACAAGGUAAACUCGCUGUACAUUCUGAUUUAAAAAAAUAAAAUGCUGA